AUGAGUACCCAUGAGAGUGGGUCGAACAUCUUGUCCACAUCUGGGCUUGCUGCGCGAAGACAACAGCACCCACUCCCCCAGUUCCAUUUGAGCACAACUCGACCGCCCUUCUCAUCCUUUACAAGUGUCUUGACACCACCUCCGGUUGGACCAAAUGAGAUGACAAGCCCAAUGAGUAGUGGGGCAAGCAGUGUUGGCACGGUAUCAACCAUGGCUUCAUUUUCACCUGUCGGGUCAGUUGGCGGGUAUUGGACUUCGCCUUCGAACACUGCAUCUUAUGGAUACAACUCAGCGCCUGCGAAUCCAUCUUACUCUUCAAAUGCACCAAAUUCUAGCUUUGGUGGUAUGAGAGGAUUUUCCGGUAAUGGUGGGCCUCUUUCUAUCAAUAGAGGAAAUAGUAGACCUUCUAGCCCCGCAACUGGUGAACUAGUUCCCCAGUCAACGCACUACGAAAGUACAGCCUCGUCUUUCUCAGGCGGAAUGCCUAUGACAACGGGAGCUGGUGUGCACCCAAUUUCUGCCUCAGCGGGAUCAGGCCUGCCAUCGAUAGGUCAAGGUCCGGGCGUUCACAGUUAUCCCGCUGCUUAUGCAUCAGCUGGCUCCGCAUCACACCCGCCAAUAAAUAGUCAGUCUCAGCCCCAAGACCCUUAUUCCCCACAGGGCUCGCUACCACCUCCCGCACCCUCUCAAUCAUACUACGGCCAACAGCAUAGCCCUUCGUAUACGACAUCUCCGCCAAUUCAAAUGUCGGGCCCCCCAUCGGCUGGUCGACCAUUCCAAACUCCUCACUACCCCCCGCUCAUUCCACUUCAACCCAACUUUAAAUCAAGCUAUCCCUCUCUUCCGGGAAUGGGUGGUCAGGUUAUGGGUCCUGGAGGUAUGCUGGCUGGUCAUCCACACGCAAUGAUGUCACACCAUCAUCAUCAACAGCAACAACAGGCCGAGAGACCUUACAAGUGCGAUCAGUGCCCACAGAGUUUCAACAGAAACCAUGACUUAAAAAGACACAAGAGGAUACAUCUAGCAGUAAAGCCUUUCCCUUGCAGUAACUGCGAAAAAAGCUUCAGCAGAAAAGAUGCUCUUAAGAGACAUCGUCUUGUGAAAGGCUGCGGAAAGGCAGAUGCCCAGAAUAACACAAAUCCACGGGAUCAGGACUCAAAGCAAUCGCCUUCAAGUUCCCCAAGCAGUUCAAGAGUUUUGAGCAGCAACCACGUACAACAGUCAAAUCCCAGUGCUGCCUCGAUUAAGCUCGAGCGGUAG